GGCUUCGCCGAAUAUUCUGGGCAAAUGAUACAGUCCUUGGAGAACGGCUUCCGCUUUCCGUCGCGGUAUGCCUGUGGGAGCUCAUUCAUUCUUGAGAUAAAGUAAAAACGUUUGAUUGUACAGAUAUUAUGAUGCAGACGCUCAGGCCUCACGUGUACUGGGCUCAGCGGCAUGGUGAAAUCUACCUGCGAGUGGAGUUGAGCGAUGCUCAGAAUCUCACCAUCAGAGUUGAAGAGAACACCCUCACCUUCAAGGGCCAGGGGCAUGGAGCGAAAGGACAAGACCAAUAUGAGUUCAGCCUGGAGUUCCUGAAGCCCGUGAAGCCAGAGGUGUCUCAUAGAUCCACUCAGAGGGUGGUGAACAUCACCGUGAAGAAGCAGGACCACGGCUGGUGGCACCGCCUGACCAUGCAGGAACGCAAGCCACUCUUCCUCGCGCCCGACUUCGACCGCUGGCUGGACGAGUCUGACGCCGAGUUGGAGCUGAGGGAGAAGGAAGAAAAACUCAACAGAAUCUCCGUCGAGUCAAGAAUUCCCAAAGACCCCUACUUGGGUCUGAAAAAGGGUUAUCUUUUCAUGUACAACCUGGUUCAGUUCCUGGGGUUCUCAUGGAUCUUUGUCAACAUGACCGUGCGUCUUUUCAUUCUGGGGCAAGAUUCGUUUUAUGACACCUUCCACACCAUCGCUGACAUGAUGUACUUCUGUCAGAUCCUGGCAGUGCUGGAGGUGGUGAACCCGGCCUUGGGGCUGGUCAACUCGGGCAUAGUGCCUCCCCUGAUUCAGGUGUUUGGGAGAAACUUUGUCCUCUUCAUCAUCCUGGGGGCGCUGGAGGACAUGCACAACAAGCCCGUGGUCUUCUUCAUCUUCUACCUCUGGAGCUCCAUAGAGAUCUUCAGGUACCCCUUCUACAUGCUGGCGUGCAUCGACACCAAGUGGGCGCUGCUCACCUGGCUCAGAUACACCAUUUGGAUGCCCCUGUACCCGCUGGGUGUCAUCUCAGAGGCGGUGGCCGUGAUCCAGGCCAUGCCCGUGUUCGACGAGACCAAGAUCCUGAGUGUGCCGCUGCCCGCUGCCCUGGGCACGUCGCUCAGCUUCUCCUUCGCGCUGCACGUCUACCUGGUGCUCAUGUUCUUAGGACUCUUCAUCAACUUUCGCCAUUUGUACAAGCUGAGGAGAAGACGCUUCCGCACCAGGAAGAGGAAAGCCUACUGAGACCCCGACAGGAGGGACCUCGCCUACAGUACCUCUACCAUCAACUCACACCCCCACACACACACACACACCUCUACCAUCAACUCACCCCCC